UGUUGUGUUAGGAGGUUUUUGCUAUCCUGUGAGCCAGCUUGCAAGCGUGUAAUGCCGUCAGUAAUUGGCAUACGUUACCUUUUAAUACUGACAUACAGCUGUUUGUUACUAAACCAUGGGAUGAUUACUGCAAGCAGAGUUGAUCCUCCUUUGAACCUCGGAGAAGCUAUUCGGAAGAGCGAUGACCGAGACCAAAAUGCGGAGAGAAAUGGUUUCGGCAGGUUACAAAUGGGUCGCAGCUCUCUGAUGCCACCCAGUGCUGGGAAUGCGACUAACGCUAUCGAGGCAGCUAACGGGAGUCUGGUUUAUGGUCAUGGUUACCAGUCGGACCAGGUUCUUUACAAAGGUGAUCAGGAGAGACUGGAGCAGUUGGGGCUGUCAGUGCAGUGUGGCCAUGAUGGCAUGUCAUUGAAAUUGAGGGGAAAUAAGGUUUCCCACCUGCGGGUGGGUAGAGAUGGUGCCCCAGCAGUACCCCUGUCACAGCUGCCUUCCCACUGUGGCUUCUCUGUCAGACGGGCACGACGAGAUGCAACACUGGUGGCUCCCUAUAAUGGCUGCUAUGUGACCAGACGGCGUGGCUAUUAUACCCUGCCACUGCAAGUCUGGGGGAUUCCUGUAAUGAUGUCCUGUCCUGAGAGUUCCCCCUCUCCCCCUACGGUCUCCUGUGGCUCCUCCAGUAUGGUGGUUAAGCUGGAGGGGGCUGUAACAGAAGAGCUUAGUGUAAAGGUGAGUGGCUCAUGGGAACCCCUGCUGGCAGUCUGUGGGAAAUGUGGUUACAACGUGGACCAAGGCCCUGGACAGCUGCUUAUUACAGUUCCCUUUACCACACCCUGUGUGGAGCUGAGGGACUCAGGCCCUACCUUGAGGCUGCGUUCUGCAGGUGGAGAGAUGACCCUGGUGUGCCCUUUGACAAGUACUCCUACUCCAGCUACACCUUUGAUAUAUUUCCCAUACUAUACCAUUACUACUCCAGCACCUACCACAUUCCCAUAUCCUAAAUUCCCAGCAUUCUACCCGUGGUUUCCUUUUAGCUUGUCAAAAGCUCCAGUUACUACAACUGUUGCUCCCACUGCACUUCCACCUGUGUAUCCCCUAUUUGCUCCCUAUCCCAUCCCUUACUACCCAGUUACCCCAAAACCUACUCCUGCUGUCCCCAAAUACCCCUUUCCAUUCUGGUAUUUCAAGGGUCUAACUACCCCAAAACCUACUCCUGCUGUCCCCAAAUAUCAAUUAUACCCAAACCCCUAUGCCUUCUGGAAUUUCAAGGGUCUAACAACCCCAAAACCUACUCCUGCUGUCCCCAAAUACCCCUUUCCAUUCUGGUAUUUCAAGGGUCUAACUACCCCAAAACCUACUCCUGCUGUCCCCAAAUAUCAAUUAUACCCAAACCCCUAUGCCUUCUGGAAUUUUAAUUGGCCUGUAAUGCGUCCAGCUACCCCCAAACCCAUUACUGCUGGCUGCAGUUGACAAUUCUACCAAAUCCCCCACUACGCUUUCUGGUAUCCUAUGGUCUCAAUGAUGCAUUUGGCUACUGCAAAAUCUAUUGCCACUUCGACAAAAUCCCUUCAGAUGGUUCACUAAUCAGUUUCCCCAGUGCCUUCUGUAACACUGCUUUGGGAAAAACCCAGCUACCCCACUAUCAACCAGUUUACCCAGUACAUGCACUGCAAUCUUCGGCUAGGCUUUGCCCCACAGCUUGCCUUGUGUGCCAGACUGCCAGUCAGGAAGGUGGUCACCAUGAAUUUUGCUAUAGACUCAUAUUGGGUGGUGCUGUUUAGGGUAGCUUACUGAUGGAAUGGAUUUGUAUUUGCUUCUGAAUAUUGAUGUACUUUAGGCAGUUUGCUUGAUUUCCUGAGCAGCUGUGAACCUUAAAUGGAAUGGUCUAUAUUCAACUGCUGUUACUCUGAUUUAAAUACCUGUAAAUGUCUGGCAAAUUAAGAUUUGCAUCAAAAGAAUUCAACUGGGAGUACAUUCCAGCUAUCAUCUGAUUAAGAAAUGCCGUUUUCCAGCUGUAUCAAACUGGUGCUGAAUAAAAUUGGUAAUAUUAAA